AUGCGACUAAUCAUAUUAGUAAUCUCCAUUCUCAUAUCAAAUGCAGGAUCAUUGUUAAGGAGCUUGGAAGAUGACAGUAAUGAGUGCAUGUUCAAUUGUCCAAAACGAGCACGUAAUGUUAGUGUUCCGCAUACGGAGAAAACCUGCAUGGGAGACGACGCGAUUAUAGCUCAAAUUCUCGACGGAUACAACAAGCUGGACUUGCCAGGCGGUGGUCAUGUCGUAGUCUCCAUUGAAAUUUGGGUUCAGGAAGUGUCGAAAAUUAUAGAAAUUACGUCAGAAUUCGAGCUGGACAUCUAUGUGACAGAGCGAUGGACAGACCCUUCUCUAGCAUAUUCACAUUUGAAUCCUUGCAAGAGCAACAUGUCCGUUGACGGAGCGACAAUUCUCAAUAAAAUCUGGAAUCCGCAUGCCUGUUUUGUGAAUAGCAAAUUGGCAAAUAUUCAUGAAAGUCCUUUCAAGAAUAUUUUCUUGCAAAUUUAUAGCAAUGGCUCAAUUUGGCACAACUACCGCAUCAAACUGACUGGACCCUGCUCUAGUACUUUACGAACAUUCCCAAUUGAUCAGCAGAGAUGUAUGCUGUUCUACGAGAGUUUCACGCAUAACACGGAUCAAGUGAAAAUGGAGUGGAUAACUACAGUACCACCGAUUACGAUUCUCAAAGGGAACAUUACACUGCCCGAUUAUGUUCUUGUCGAUUUCUCGUCGAGCAGUGAGCUUAGGCUCUACCCUCCCGGAAUCUUCAACGAACUAAUCGCCACGUUCACUUUCCAACGUCUCUACGGGUUCUAUAUUCUACAGGUGUACGUACCUGCAUACAUUUCCGUUUUCAUUUCAUGGGUCUCUUUUACACUUGGCGCUGAGCAAAUCCCCUCGAGGACUACUGUCGGCGUCAACUCCUUGCUGGCACUCACAUUUCAAUUCGGAGCGGUCGUGAAUAAUCUCCCAAAAACUUCUGAUGUCAAGGCAAUUGAUGUUUGGAUUUUGAGCUCAAUGGCUUUCAUUUUCGCGUCAUUAAUUGAACUGGCAGUUGUUGGGUAUUUGUCGAGAGAUGGGCAGCAUGGAAGUAUUAAAUGUCGGUGCUCCUGGCUGUGCAUGAACUGCAAAGACUGGACGGCUCUGAAAAUAGAUCAGAUGUCCUCAAUAGUAUUUCCGGUCAGUUUUCUCGCGUUCAACAUUUGGUACUGGUUCAUAUUUCUCGGAAAACUAUUGGUUAGAACUAUCUAAAUAUGUGUCACCACAACUUCUCUCUGUCACUCUUGUGUUGUCUCUGUCACUCUCUCUUUCUUUCUGUGUCUAUCGCAAUCCACGAAUCACAACGAGACUCUCCACUGCUUCUAUUACCGCUUCUUGUGCACCACUUUUUUUUCGGGAAAGUCACUCGGAUGAACAAAUGGUGAAGAAAUUCGAUAACUUUUCACUUUUUCAUUUUUAAAUAAAGUUUUGAUACAUUGUCAGUAAAUUGACGUAAUAAAUUGGGCCACUAUU